GCGAGGGGAAGAAGCUGUCAAAUGCUCGGCUCCUUUAAGCAGCCAUAUCAGUCGCUCUCGGAGAAUCAUGGCGACUACUGCGUCCAACCACUACAACCUGCUGGGCUCCGGCUCCUCCAUCGUGCACGCGGAUCCUGGCGGCAUGCAGCAGGCGCAGAGCUACAGAGAUGCACAAACGCUGGUGCAGAGCGACUACACGCUGCAGAGUAACGGGCACCCCCUCAGUCACGCUCACCAGUGGAUCACAGCGCUGUCCCACGGCGACGGAGCCCCCUGGGCAACCAGUCCUCUGGGCCAACAGGACAUCAAGCCCACAGUGCAGUCCAGCAGGGAUGAGUUGCACGUCAGCGGCACCUUGCAGCACCAGAGCAGAGCCCCUCACCUAGUGCACCCUGCUCACGGCAACCACCAUGGACCAGGGGCAUGGAGGAGCACCGGCUCUACCCACCUGUCCAGCAUGGCUUCCUCCAAUGGUCAGGGGCUGCUGUACUCUCAGCCCAGCUUCACUGUCAAUGGCAUGAUCAACCCGGGCUCUGGGCAAGGCAUUCACCACCAUGGGCUCAGGGAUUCCCACGACGACCACCACGGCGAUCACGGGCACCAGCAAGUCUCCCAGGCGCAGCAACAGCACUCGCAGCUCCAAGGGGGGCACCAAGAUCACUCUGAUGAGGACACCCCGACUUCAGAUGACCUGGAGCAGUUUGCCAAGCAGUUCAAGCAGAGGAGGAUCAAGCUGGGAUUUACACAGGCGGACGUCGGGCUGGCCCUGGGCACCCUCUAUGGCAAUGUCUUCUCUCAGACCACCAUCUGUAGGUUCGAGGCCCUGCAGCUGAGCUUCAAGAACAUGUGCAAGCUGAAGCCUUUGUUGAACAAGUGGCUGGAAGAGGCGGACUCAUCCUCCGGGAGCCCCACCAGUAUAGACAAAAUUGCAGCCCAGGGAAGGAAAAGGAAAAAGAGAACCUCCAUAGAGGUCAGCGUCAAGGGGGCUCUGGAAAGCCAUUUCCUCAAGUGCCCGAAACCUUCAGCCCCGGAGAUCACCUCCCUUGCGGACAGUUUACAGUUAGAGAAAGAGGUGGUCAGGGUCUGGUUUUGUAACAGGAGACAGAAAGAGAAAAGAAUGACCCCCCCGGGAGGAACUAUUCCAGGAGCAGAGGAUAUAUAUGGGGCUAGCAGAGACACACCGCCACAUCUUGGGGUUCAGACUUCUGUACAGUGAACCCCGCCACUGGCCCACUUAGAACGUGGGAUUGUCCCUUUUAUACUCCCGACAAGCACUUGGACUAUCUCACCAGAUAGCAGGUGCACUCAAUGGGUCUGGCCCUGACCUUUGCACAAGGCUGCCCAGGAGAUGGAGUAGAGUGAGUAUAUCCAACAGUGGCUCCAACCUGUGAGUUGAUCUACAACCCUCAGCAUCCCCGAGGAGUUUAAAGGUUGCCGGAGGAUGUUGGAAGUUGUAUUUCAACAACAGUUGGAGGCAGUAGCAGGUUGGGCAUCUCUGGCUAUACAUCUGAAACACGUGAGAACCCGAGACUUGCAACAAUCCACCCAACGAAAAAUAAUACAAACAAACAUGAUUAACCCUGGUAAACUGGAGAGGUAGCUUUCUACACUGGAGGGGUGAUUCUCACCAUUGAAUUUUUUUGGUUUUAGCUGCUGUGUUUAUUUAAAAUGGAACCUUUUACAAACCCAAGUUUGACAGUAUUUAUACAGUCAGGAUUUUUUGCACUGCAAGGAAAGUGAAGUUUACAUGAACCCACCCAUGCAAAUUAAUGUGUCCCAAUCUAGAAGUAAAAAAAAAAAAGUUUGUUUUGUUCUGUUUUGUUUCUUAUUUUAUUCUUUUCAAUUGACAUGCAAAAUUGACACAGGGGACAAUUUUAGCCAAGCUUUUGGUUCAUGUACAAACUGCUACCGUGUUUUACUUUCCCCUUUGCCUCUUUAUCUUUCUUUUCUCCUCUCCAAGGUACUUGUGAAAUUUGUUAUAAAAUAUGUGUUUUAAACAGACGUGUAAUGCUUAUUUAUCUAAAGCCAGACAUGGGCAAAGGCUCUGAACGCGAGAUGUCAGUCUGUUAGUUGGACAAAUGUUGAGAAACUAGGCACAUUUCCAUAUUGAUGCUAAUGGGGCUUAGUUGAUCAUUAGUUGCAGUAAACAUUUACAGGCAGUGUUCGGAAGAAACAUGGGAGAAGUCGAAUGAGUUUUCAUUCCGAAUCACUUUCUUUUUUUCCCCUAAUAGGCCUGGUUGAAGUGUGUAUCUGGAAUUUCCAUGAGCAGAUCAAUCUUGUUUUUGUCACCCAGUCAAAUAAAUAAGUCCAUCUCAAUAAAGCAAUGCUAUCCCAAGCUGCAGCACAUGUCUGCUCUUCGUUAAAAAUAUAUAUAUAAUACUAAUUACAGUAUUUUUGCCUUUAUCCUGAAUGAAUGUUUUCAAAACCAGAAAAUUCCUCAUCCAAGAAAUUCUUUAAAUAAAACAUUUCAGCUCUUGUUGUUUAA